AUGAAAAUUUAUUAAUGAAUCGUGUUGGUUAAAUUUUAAACUUAAAAGACGACAAAGUUUUAAUAUUAAAUGUUUCUUUUUGUAGUUUUUGAAGUUGUAUUUGGGCUGAUAAUUCCCGUUUUACUUUACGUAAUAGUUGUUUAUAUUUAUCAUAUUUGGGAAUGUCAAAGAUACCCACCAGGUCCAUUUCCUCUUCCGGUAAUUGGAAACUACAACUUGUUAGCAAAUGAUCCUGUGAAGGCAUUGUGCGAUCUAGAAAUUAUUUACGGAGAUGUUUUCAGUUUAAGUUUAGGAACCGUUCGGGUGGUUGUUGUAAGCAGCCACGAGAGUAUUUACGAUGUUUUAGUUGGAGAUGGAUCAAAUUUUUCCGGAAGACCCAGGGAGUAUUCAUCUUUACUUUUUACUGGAGGUUUUGAAAACCUUUCCCAUAUGGAUAACAACCCGUUGACUAAAAAAAUCAGAAAAGUUUUUUAUUCAAAACUUAAAACAAACGGAAGUAUUUUAGCACACAAUGAAAAUAUUGUCAAACAUGAAAGUGAACUUUUACAUCAAAGACUACUGCAAAACGAAGGAAGCGUCACCAAUCUUCGUUAUGAAAUCGAUCUUUGUAUUGUUAACAGCAUAUGCAGUAUUAUUUUUGGUAACCGGCUUAGUGAUACUUGUGAAGUUCAUGAAAUUUUAAAAGCGACCAGGUUACUUCUAAAAAACUUGUCAAACAUUGAAAUUAUGCAUUAUUUACCAUGGAUGAGAUUUUUUUUAUUAAAAAAGCAAAACGAAAUCAGCGAAUCUAGAAACAUUUGCAAAUUUUGGAUUCAAACCCAGUUGCAUAAACGAAAAAAAAGUUUAAAAAACGAAAAUAUCUCAGAUAUUCUUUUGAACCUUUGGGACCAACAAAAACAAGAAAACCCUAAUGAGGAACAAUACAGAAUGAUUUUAGUUGAGUUAGUUAUGGCUGGUUCCGAAACAACAGCCGCAACGAUAACUUGGCUAAUCUUUUAUCUUUUACAUUGGCCUCACUAUCAAAGCAUUCUUUACAAAGAAAUCAAAAAUGUUUGUGGUGAUCAGUACCCUACGUUUAAUGAUAUUAAAUCAAUGCCUAUAAUGCAAGCAACUAUACUUGAAACUUUAAGGUUGUCUUCUGUCGUUCCUUUAAGCUUAUCUCACAAAGCCGUAAAUAACGCGAAAAUUAAUAAAUUCACAAUCCCUAAAGAUACAAUAAUAAUAACAAAUUUAUGGGGCGUACAUCAUAAUGAAAAAUACUGGGAAAAACCGUUUGAAUUCAAUCCUAUGCGUUGGCUUGAUAAAAAUGGCGAACUUUCAACAGCAAAGCGUUUAGGAUAUUUCCCUUUUUCAGCCGGCCCAAGAGGUUGCAUUGGUGAGUCAUUUGCAAGAAUGCAAAUGUUUAUUAUAUGCUCUCGACUGAUAAAAGAUUUCUCCUUUGAGUUGCCUCAAAGCGGAGAAACCCCAAAACUAGAUGGUGAUAUUGGAAUUACACUAACGCCCCUUCCUUAUAAUGCAGUAGCUAAACAGCGAACCUAAAAAUGAAAAUCGUAAAAAACUAAAAGUUUAGGUAAAUAAUUGUAAUGAAGAUGCAGAUAAAGGCGUUUCGAACUUUAAGAGACGCCAUUAAAGUAAUAAAGAUAUUUUGUAUGGCCUAUUCUUAUUCAAUCAGAUGUUUUACUUUAUUUAUAGGUUGUCUAAAAGUUACUAUAUAAGUGACUCUGCGAGCAAAGUUGUAAAUGCGCCAUUAUAUUUUGCAUUAUUACUUUUUAUAAAUUGUUUAAUUGAAUUUCGCGUUACUUUUAAA